AUGAUAAGUGUUCUUGUGAAAUGUAAACAGGUGGACUAUGCCAUUAACUUGGAGAAUGAAAUGGAAGAGAAGCAAAUUGCUCCUGAUGGCAUAACGUAUCAUACCCUGUUCCAUGGCUUAAUGAAGUCAAAUGGCAUCGAGGCUGUUAGAGGUCUCUACGAAAAAAUGGUAUUGUUAAACUUUGUUCCUGAGACCCGUACAGUGGUGAUGCUUAUGAAAUUCUUCUGUGGAAAUCACCAUCUAGAUUUAGGCUUGAAUUUGUGGAAUUACUUGAUGGAAAAGGGUUCUUGUCCUCAUGACCAUGCAUUGGCUCUUUUGGUGACAAGUUUGUGUUCGCACGGUCGGGUUCAAGAAGCUUUUGAGUGUGCCAAACAGAUGUUAAAUAGAGGAAGGCAUAUGGGAAAACCAGUGUUCCACAUGUUAGAGAGGUUUCUGCGGGAAUCAGGUGAAUUAGACAAACUGCAGAACCUUGAUGAGAUGAUUAAGAAGUUGGGUAGUGUUUAUCCCCCAUCAAGGGGACAUGCUCUUGGACUGUCUACUUCAUUCUGUUGA